GGUGGCCACUGGGCACCGCCGGCGCAUCCACCGAGGGCCACGCAAGCACCUCCGGCAGCGCCGCCGUUGGGCACGGCCGAUCUGUUUCCUACCCACGCCAGGGCCGGAGGGCCGGCAUCCGCCAAUAAUCCAGGCACGGCCGCUGGAUCUUUCCAUGCUGCACUGCAGGCUGCCCCGUCAUCAUCGUUGGUCACAGAGCCUGCCAACAACAUCCACAACGACACCAGUACAUACACCUCGCGGAAUUCCCCGGAGCUAGAGGCAUCCGAGAUUGAUGGCCAGUACCUCGACCAGACAUCGAACCUUGGCUUCCUCCACCGGGCAUGGAGGAGAUUCUCGCGCACCGCCGCCAACAGCGCUCUGCCCCAGGUCCAGAACCCAAACGAGCAGCAUCAGCGGCUCAGCUCGGCAGGCGACGCACCGUUUUCCAGCCCUGGAUUCCAUGAGAUCACCUUGCCCCAUCGGGAGAGGGUGCUGGAGAUGGUGCAGUUCUACUUUGACAACUGCGUGGUGACCUACCGCUGUCUCCACCAGGCAACCGUCGUCCAGUGGGCCGAAGCACUGCUGACCAAUGUCGAGACUGCCCGGCCUUGGCACUACGAGGUCGGCCACGCACGUGCUUCCAUCAUCAUCACCAUCCUGGCCAUCGUGACGCUGAGGCAGGACAAGAUCCGCAACAACGGCACCUCGGAUGUGUCACACAUGUGUGCGCUUGGGGACGCAUUCUUUUGCCUCGCUACAAGUCUGACAGACGUCGAGACCGGGUUGCCCACCCUGGCCUCUGCCCAGGCCAGGAUCCUCCACGUGCUCUAUCUGCUCCAAACCACCCGCAUGAAUCAGGCCUGGUACGUCUUUGGCGGUCUGGUCCCCAUAGUGUCCGCCCUGGGCCUCCACCGCCAGUCCAGUUUCAAGCACAGAACAGGCGGGCCCCACACCCCACGGGACGAUUUCAUUCUUACCCAGUGCAGGAAGCGGACAUUCUGGGUCUGCUACACCAUCGACAAGUAUCUCGCCGUUGUCUUCGGCCGUCCCAGGCUCUACCACGACGAUGAUAUCAAUCAAGGCUUUCCCGACUGUAUCAACGACGAGGACAUGACUACCGAGGGCAAGGCUGACACGGAGCCCAGCAUAGACUGCCACGUCGACUCGCUCAUUGCACAUGCAAAGCUUGCACAGCUCAUCGAUCGCAUCUCGAGGGAGGUCUACUCAGUCAAGAAGGUCCCCAAGCGCGAGAGGCUCGCCUCUGCCCAGCGCCUCGGGCUAGAGUUACACGAAUGGAACAGGAGCUUGCCAUCACACCUCGGAACAGUACGCAUCAGGUCCCUGAUCCCGCCCUUCCGACGCCAGGCGUCCGCGCUCAAGCUCGCAUACUGCCACGCAAUCAUGCACGCCAACCGCCCAUUCUUGCUCGGUGCCGCUUCGCUGAGCGCCGCGCAGCGGAACCGGGUCUCCUCUGUGGUCAGCGGGACAAAGGAUUUGCCCGACAUGAGCCCGCUGGCGAGCAACGCCCCGAGAACGAUGACCCUGCAAGACAGCAUAUCGGAAUGCCUCGGGGCCGCAAAGGUUGCGCUUGAGCUUGUCGACUCCAUGUCACCGGACGGGGCAUUGUUCCACGCAUUCUGGUGGACGCCAUACGUGACGUUCUGCGCGCUUGCUGUCGUCUAUGUCUGGGAGAUCCAGCAGCAACAGUUUCCUGGCUUUGAUAAGCAAGGGGGGGACCAUCCCGCAACGACCAACCACGCCGGGCUGUCGUCCCGAGAUAGGCUGCAAGGCUUGCUCGAACUGGCACAGCGAUGUCAGAGGCAUCUUUCCCAAAGCACGUCUGCGGACAGUCCCAGUCACCGGUACAGCGUCAUCCUGGAGGAGCUGAGGAAAGAGGCGAAACUCCAAGGAGGCGCGCGACCUGUCGAGAACAGCAGCACGAAUGUGGUCCACGCCGCAGAGGAAAUCGCCGCCUCGGCGAUGCUGGCGGAUGGCAUGCCGCCAGGGAUGAGCCAGGACUUCUACGGAGGCAAUAGCGGCGUCGCUGGCGGCACGUUCGUCGGUGGGACCAUCUUUGACGCUUGGCAAACCAGAGACUGGAUGGAUCUAGACUCUUCUGCUUUUGGACCAUAUCCCGAUUUCAUUCACGGCCCGAUGCUUCCCUUGUUGAACGACCUAGGGGAACCAGCAUUCCAACCGUCGCCUCAGAUAUAGUAUUCGGUAGCGAGAUACACCGGUUCCACCACCAUCCCGGGGAUGGGGAUGGUAAAAUAAUAAAGAACGAUAUAUGACCAUCUGGGCAAUGUUGAAGGUGGUGUCGUCUGUCAAGUAGUAUUUGCCCGUAGAUGAGACAUCGAGAGACGGCAUAGCGACAAACCAUGAUGUUCGGGAAGCCCAUUCUCGUCGGUGGCCCAGAGGCAAGCUUUGACCGGGCAGAGAUGGAUCCAAAAUGACGAUUAAUGCGCAAAACUUGCUUGCGCACCUCAAGAGCCGCUGCUCCUCCGUAGGGAGAUGUUGGUUGGCACUGGGGCAGCCUUUUGUGCACUCCUCGUCUGUCUCACCAUUGUCAAACCCUAGCUCAGGCCUGGGGUUGGUCGCUGUUGCUCCUUAGGCGCGUGCCUCCAUGGCAGACGGAAUGUGAUAUCAUCAAACUUUG